UUCUCUUCACACACACAAACGAAUUUUUUUCAAACAGUCUCUUGAUUUCCGGCGCCGAAUCUCCGUCAGAUCCGGUAACCGAUCUUUCAGAAAAUGGCCGAUAACGUCGCCGGUGAACACGAACAACAUGAGCACGAACAAUCAUUUGUUGAAUCUGUGACGGAGAAGAUCACCGAAACGUUUCACAAAGACGAUUCAUCGGAUUCCGACGGUGAAGCUAAGAAGAGUUCACCGGUUUCCGAUCUCAAGGAUAAGGUUUACCGGCUGUUUGGUAGAGAGAGGCCUGUUCACAAGGUGUUAGGAGGCGGCAAAGCCGCUGAUAUAUUUUUGUGGAAGGACAAGAAAGUUUCUGCUGGUGUUCUCGGCUUUGCCACGGUGAUAUGGGUCCUUUUUGAAUUGGUCGAGUAUCACUUGCUUACACUAGUUUGCCAUACUCUAAUAUUAGCACUGGCUGUUCUUUUCUUGUGGUCUAAUGCUGCCAGCUUCAUCAACAAGUCUGCACCGAAGUUCCCGGAAGUCGCUCUCCCAGAAGAUAUUGUCCUUGGUGUUGCUUCUGCUAUCAGGACUGAAAUUAACACUGGUUUAGCAAUCCUUAGGAACAUUGCUUCUGGCAAAGAUUUGAAGAAGUUUCUUGCUGUGAUUGCUGGUUUGUGGGUGCUAUCAAUUUUGGGAAGCUGCUGGAAUUUCUUGACCUUGUUAUACACAAGCUUUGUUUUGCUGCACACGGUGCCUUAUCUAUAUGAUAGAUAUGAGGACAAGGUUGAUGCAUAUGCUGAGAAAGCAGAGGCCGAGAUCAAGAAGCAGUAUGCAGUAUUCAAUGUUAAGGUUUUGAGCAAGAUUCCUGUUGGGACAUUGAAGAAAAAGUUUGCGUAAAGAUGAUCUAGCGGUGCCACUAGUUUCAGGUGACUGGCUAGUCGGGUCUUUGGACUUGUUUGUUAUAUUUUAUAAACUAGGAACCGUGUAUUUCAUUGAUUUGCUGAUAUGUUUUGGUGAAUCCGUGAUAAUUUAAUCAUGUUCAGUUAUCAUGUGAUGAAGUUUUAGACGAUUAAAUCCCUUUUUGUAUUGUAACUGUGGGCAGAUGGUUCUGAAUGAAAGGGGAUGUAAUUUUGUAUCCUAUUACCUGUUGGAUCGAAGUGAGCUUAGUUCGUUUGUUUCUA